ACGCUUUCCCUCCCAAAUCCUACUUUCAAACCAAGCAAAACCCAAAUCUCCUCCUCCUCCUCACCCCGCGAAAAAAAAAAAAACAGAGCAUCCAAUGGAGAACGGCGGCGGCGGCGCAGAGUCGGCGGCGGCAGCAGCAGGCGGCGCCUACGGCUGCGGCGGGUGGGAGACGCCGAAGCGGCAGGAGUGCCGCAUCCCGGCAACGCUGCCCUGCCCCGCCGCGCCCAGGAAGGCGGCGGCCGACUUCGGCAAGCCGCGCGGCCCGCCCAAGAACGGCUACUUCCAGCCGCCGGACCUCGAGGCGCUCUUCGCGCUCGCGCCGCGCAGACGCCAGGCCUCCUGCGCCUGAGAUUAGGCGGCGUGAUUUGGUCGGGGGCGCGCGGCGGACGGCUGACGCGGCCGCGGAGAGCUCUGUUUUGGGUUGAUUUUGGAACUCUCUGUAGAUACUUAGCCAGUUUCUCUCCUCUGUCUUUGUACUCUAGAGUAUGUAGUGGUGGCGGAUUAGGGGGUCUUCCUAGGGAGGAGUAUGUAGCUAGGUUAGGUGGCGGAGGAAUGAUAGGAGCUGAUAAGCGUAUGGUUUUUGUAAUCCUGAAUGAAAUGAUAAAUCCUUAUUUGUUUCUUCGCA